AUGGAGUCCUACGUGGUGAGCUGUAAAUAUGCUGAGCCGCAGUUCCCGCCUUGUGAAGAAGAUUACAGUAAUUUUACUGACCAGGGGGGGUAUUACAACACCCCCCAGGACAGUGGUAGUUAUGGAGGGGGCUACCAACAACCCCCACCGCCUCCAUACACACCACAACAAACCGGCUAUCCACACUCUGUGCAGGGGCGACCGCGGGAGGAUGGAGAGGACCAAGGUGCGAGCUUCCCCGGCUACAGGGACACUGAUGCCCCCCCCACGAAGGAGCUGCAGUGCCAGGCCUGGAUGACGUGUGCGAAGACCCUCCAGGUGCAGAGGAGAGGAACGGCCUGCCAGGGCAGAGACAAGCCGCCCAUCGUGGUCUACCCCUGGAUGAAGAAAGUGCACAUCGCUCAUGUGAACCCGAACCACACGGGCCCGGAGCCGAAGCGGCUGCGCACGGCCUACACGCGGCAGCAGGUCCUGGAGCUGGAGAAGGAGUUCCACUUCAGCCGCUACCUGACGCGCCGCCGCCGGGUGGAGGUGGCCCACACCCUGGUUCUGUCCGAGCGCCAGGUCAAGGUCUGGUUCCAGAACCGGCGCAUGCGCUGGAAGAAGGACAACAAGCUUCCCAACACCAAGGGACGCAGCAAAAACAAGAGGGCGACGGACAACAACAACAACAACAACAGCAGCAGCAGCAGCAGCAGCAGCAGCAGCGACCACAGCGACAGCGGCAGCACCGUGAAGGCGGUGAUCACCGUGUGA